GUGUGUUACAGUCGAUGCUUAGUACCUACCGCAGUCGAACUGCGGAAAGUAUCUCGACGCUCAUGGUACACUCUUGAAAAUCGUACUUAUAAGAGACGUCGUAGUGGACAUUCCUUCCUCUUUGAUCUUCUUCCUCAUAGCCUCUUCGUAUUCCUCAAAUUCUUCCUCAUCAUGACCAUCAUCCACGAGUCCUCAACUUCCGACAAAGAGUUCUUUGAGAAACUUCCUGCUGUCCUCGAGAGGGCCAGGAUCGAGGGUGGUAUCCCAGGAAUGAGCGUCGCCAUCAUGUAUAAAGGCGAACUCGUCUUUGCCCAGGGCUUUGGAAAGCGCAACCGUGUCGAUCCGUUUACUGAGGAGACUGUCUCCCAUAUCGCAUCCGUUACUAAGGCAUUCACUGCUGCUGCCAUUGGCGAAUUGGUUGCAGAGGGGAAGGUUGACUGGGACAAGACUCCUGUGUCCGAGUAUCUCCCCGAAUUUGAACUCAAGGAUCCUGUUUUGACCUCUCAAUUGACAUUUGCCGACAUGCUCGCACAUCGCACACCUGUGCCUUAUAUCGAUCUGGCAUGGAUCAGAAAUGCGGCACCCCCGAAGGUCCUCAUCAACCAACUGAAGCACCUUGACAUGCCCCCAAAGCUGUCCCCCACCGUCAACUACAGUAACGUCGUCUAUGCUGUCGCUGGCGAGGCAGCCGCCAAUGUUGCUGGAAUGUCAUACGUGGAUCUGAUCACCACAAAAAUCUUUGACCCCCUUGGACUCAAGAGUGCCGGACUAUCACAAGCAGAGAUGGCAAAACGGCCUAAUUUUGCCAUGCCCUUUACUGCAGCCUCCUUCGAGGAAGCCAAGAAGGGUUUCUAUGAGGAAGGGUAUGUCGAUGAAAUCCCUAUGAGCGUCGCCCCCGCUGGCGAUAUCUAUAUGGAUGUGGUGGAUCUCGUCAAAUGGGGUAGAGUUAUCUUGAAAUUGGGUGAGCUCGAUGGCAAGCAGGUCCUGAGCAAAGAAAGUAUUUUAGAGACCGUUACCCCUCACAAUAUUAUGAAGCGACCAAGACUGUGGUCUGACUUGUCACCUGUUAAGGGUUAUGGGUACGGUUGGAUCGUGGACUCGUACAAGGGUCAAGCAAACUUCCGUCAUGAUGGCUCUAAUCCUGGGUAUGUAACCCACCUGGCCCUGUUCCCAGAUGCCGAUCUGGUCAUUGCCCAUUUGGCCAACAUCCAUAUCACCAACCUGCCGUCAUGCCUGUUCUACCACAUCGCCGAUGAACUCUUGGGUUUGCCCAAAACAGAGGACUGGCUCUUUGAAGCCGCUGUCGAGGACACUCAGCAUGUAUACAAUCAUUUCGCGAGGUUAGCCAAAGGCGAUCUUCCUGAGCGUAUCGAGAACCAACCACAUAGUCACCAAUUGUCCGACUACACCGGCGAGUACACUCAUCCGGUCUAUGGCGAGAUCAUGAUCCGUCUUGAGGAGGGCAAUUCGCUGUUCAUGAAGAUGAGCGUUUAUGACCAGAAGUUGGAACACUAUCACUAUGAGUCGUUUACGACUUUGCUUCAUGACUUUACCGUCAAGUUUGGUCUUCUUUUCACCUUUGUUACGGGUAGCAGUGGGAAGGUCGACAGUAUCAAGACAAUGAUGGAGGGUAUUGCACUCGAGUUCAAGAGAGAAGAGGUUACCGAGACCGCCAGCAAGGAAGAGUAGAAAGUGCUGCAACGUGUUUUUUCCUGAAAUAGAAAAUCGUCCGUUGGAUUAUGGCUGAGCGCCUUUAAAUCAGAAUCAGUGCUAGAACGCGACGAUUACCGCCUUUUCCGAUUUUUAGUUGAAUAGGAAUAGAGCCUCGGAUCCUGAAUCAUAUUAAGUGGGGUGGUC